GGUGCCAUUGCCGGGCCCUCGGGAGGCACCGGGACGGGCCCACAGGGGGAGGGGAAGGGGCUCGGCCCCAGCCCCCGUGCCUGCCCUGCCAUGUGCAGCCAUACAAGAAAGCAUACGCUUUGCUUCAUCGGGAGAUGAUGUGGAAAUAUGGGAUUCCUUAUCUUUAACUGUGGUGGAACAGUUCAACCCACAUACACCUUCAUAUCCAGUCAACUUGCUCUGUUGGGACAGCAAUAAUAGAUACCUAGCCACUGCUUCUGUUGCUGGUGAUAAAAUAUUUUUUUCAAGCUUAAGGAAGCCUGUUACACUCUUCAAAAUAGCUGAAGGAGCAAAACAGACGUGUAGCUCUUCACAUGUUGUGAGUGGAGGCCAUAACACAGUAAAUAUUUGGGAUCUGAAAUCCAGAGGGGUUUAUCGUAGCCUUAAGAAUCAUAAAGAUGAAGUCACGUGUAUUACAUAUAAUUGGAAUGAUUGCUACAUUGCUUCUGGAUCUUUGAUUGGUGAAAUUAUCCUACACAGUGUGACCACCAAUUUGCCCAGUAAUCCCUUUGGUUACGGCAGCCGUCAGCCUAUUUGACACUUGCAGUACUCAUCCUUUGAGAAAUCCUUGCUGGACAGUGUUUCUGAUAUUGGAAAUGUAACUCUAUGGGAUGUAAAUAGCCAGAACCCGUAUCAUAAUUUUGAAAAUAUUCAUAAAGGACCAGCUUCAGAAAUCUGCUUUUCUCCAGUCAGUAAGUGGCUGCUUGUAACUGUAGGUUUGGAUAAAAGAAUUAUUGUCUAUGACACUUCUAGUAAAAGGUUAUUGACAACAAUAGUAGCAGAUCAAACACCUCUGACAUCAAUCCAAAUAAAAUUCAUUAAGAAUAUGAUAUGA